UUAUAAUCGCUGCCCGAUGCUUGUAUUUUACCCCGAAACAAGCUGCAGCCAAAACAUUUUAUUCGCAAAAGCACGGUGUCCCGUGCGCUGUCCGGUGUUCCACUGCUAAAGUACAGGGGUAAAACUAUGUUAUGAUGGAUUCGUCGGAAGCAAACGAGCUGCUUUCCAGUAGCGAUCCCGGGGAUACGCAUGAGACACGAAAGGAUUGUCCGCUGGAAACUAUCUACCGGCAUCGGGGAGCAUACGAGUUGCCUCACGUGGAGAAAAUACAACGCAGCGAGCGCCACACAGUGCUGUAUGAACUGCCAUUCAAAGUGGGGGCGGAAGGGCCUCCCGCGCCUUACGUGUCCAGCGAGGCGGCGACAAAUGGUGCAGCCAAAGUGCGACUACCGACUUCCGCCAAGUGUGUGAUGCGAAACGCGGACGGUACGUCCGGCAUCGAAAGUCGCUGGAACCUGGUACGCCGUGCGCUUGAGAGGCCAAUCACCAAUGCGAGGCAGCUGGAGGCGGCGAUCGUGUUGUAUAAUCCGGACUACCGGACACGAUACCAGUUUAUUGCGCUGCACCGACUAUUUGAGCAGUGUGAAGAAAGUGAGCGGGUUGCUUUCUUUCGCGAUACGUUACGGCGAAUGACAGAGCUGGCGCUGCGAUUGACCGAGCUGUUCCGUGCGCCGAUCCCGUUGCUGACACAACGCCAGAACCACGCCGUUUCCAUGACCCAGCAGCAGGCCGCCUGUUUGCUGGCAAACGCAUUCUUUUGCACCUUUCCGCAGCCAAGACCGGCUCAGGCGCGUAGCUUUUCGGUGGGAAAUUUCGCGGCACUGUUCGCUGGUACGUCCCAGUCGGCGGUCGAAAAACUGAAGUGCCUCUGCCACUACUUUCGGCGAGUCUGCUGCGUGGCCAUGCCCACCGGUGUGCUAACGUACGAGCGGCGAUACGUACCGAAGCAUGCACUGCUCGACUGGGGCACCGUCGAGCACGUAUUUGACCGGGAGCGCGCCCCGCUGCACGUGUCGUCCGAGGGCACAAUAGAGGACCAGGGCACUGGCCUGCUGCAGAUGGUGUUCGCGAACCGGUUCCUCGGAGGCGGCGUGAUCGGCAACGGCUGUGUGCAAGAAGAGAUACGAUGCGUCAUCUGCCCGGAGCUGCUCGUCGGCCGGCUGCUAUUCGAGUCGUUGCGUGAGACGGAGGCGUACUUCGUGCUCGGCGCGGAGCAGUUCAGCACGUACGAAAACUAUGCGGCAACGUUCACGUUCGCCGACGACCAUCGAGACGAGACUCCACGGGAUGCUUGCGGACGUCGCCAGUGUUACAUCGUUGGGCUGGACGCGCUUAAGGUAGUCGAUGGUUCGACGAACCAGUACAGCGAGCGGUCUAUUUUGCGCGAGCUGCACAAAGCGUACGUCGGCUUCCGUCACCCACUGCCCGGACCGGCUCCCGGCAUUGCCACUGGCAACUGGGGCUGCGGUGCGUUCGGCGGAUCGGCACCCCUCAAGGCACUUCUGCAGCUGAUGGUUGGUUGCGUCACCGAGCGUCCGCUGCUCUACUUCACCUGCAACGAGCGCAAUCUGCAGGAACAACUAUGCAAUUUGUACGCCUUCCUGACCGAACGGCGAGUGUCCGUGGCCACCGUGUACGAGCUACUGGUGCGAUACGGUGCAGACGAUGCAUCCCAUGGGAUAUCAAACGUUUACAACUAUAUCUAUCAACGCCUCGCGGAAUCAAAUCCACGGGCCCGGUAAUGAUUCGUUUGGUCUCUCCGUUGAAGUUAUCAUUAUUUAGUCCAACUGUUCCAAUAUCUUGUUUCAUCUUGUACAAUAAAUUAUUUCCCAUUAAAAUAAUUUUG